GGUAGCGGCAAGUUGAAUGAACGACCGACCGACCGGCAGUGGUGCGGCCGUGGCGGACGCGUGCGGUAGUGUAUCGAUUGGGACCGUCGUUUGCGAGUUUUCGUUUGUGUACCGUUUUGAAAAUUAUCACACCCCCCGAUAGUCGUCGUAUACGAUAUUGUGAUAUUCACACGCGAGCGUGCAAUAGUUCUAGUUUAAGAUAAAACGUUAAAAGUUUUUGUUUGUCGUAUUGUAAUUUAAAUUAUAUAUUUAUUGUAUAUUAUACAGACGACGAGUAAUACCCCGUCGUCAACGCUCGAGGAUCUGGCGAGAGAAUCAAUUUAAUGCCGAUAUAAUAAUAUAAUAUUACAUCGGCAAGCCGGUGUUGUUGACAAGUGUUAUAUCAGACAUAAAUGACUGUUGGGUGGCGUAUGAUAACAUGCUAACGGCCCGAAUGUUCGUCGAGUCUAUGCCGUUCAAAUUGCUGGUUGUUCGAUGGUUGCUUUUGGCCAUUAGUGUACAAACCGUUUUUACAAGACCCAUUCAAGAAUCCAGCAAUACUCGUCGACGGGUUCGAUCACCGCCAAUCUACGAGGAUGUGCAAGGGUAUUUGAUGAAAUUUGGUUACUUGCCAGAAUCUGAUCUAGAAACGGGCAACUUGAGGGACGGAAGUCAACUACACGAUGCUCUGCGAACAUUGCAGACGUUUGGAAAUAUUCCUAUCACCGGCCAAUUGGACGAGGCCACUAAACAGUUGAUGAAGAAACCGAGAUGUGGCGUUUCUGAUAUUGUACAGCCUGCGGGCCAGAGAACUAAACGCUACACCCUGCAAGGUCAAAAAUGGCAUCACGUCAACCUGACGUGGAGUUUGCGGACGAGGCGUUUGGAUAAAGUAGACCACGGAUGGGUGAGGUCGGACUUGAACAAAGCGUUCCAAGUUUGGGCCAAAUAUUCAAAACUCACGUUUCGGGAAGUUAACAGCGAAUCAGCAGACAUACUGGUGUUUUUCGAAAAAGGUUACCACGGCGACGGAUAUCCAUUCGACGGGCCGGGUCAAGUGUUGGCUCACGCGUUUUUCCCAGGCACAGGACGAGGAGGAGACGCUCAUUUUGACGAGGAAGAAGAAUGGCUGGUGGCCGACAAGACCAGCAAAGAUGGAACCAGUCUGUUCAGGGUGGCCGUGCACGAAUUCGGACACUCGCUCGGUCUUUCACAUUCAUCAGCCCAAGACGCACUGAUGUUCCCGUGGUACCAGGAUCUGAAAUCCGACUUUGAACUUCCCAACGAUGACCGAAUUGGUAUACAGAUCCUUUAUGGUGCUAAAAAUGACAAGAUCUGGGGUGACAUACCGGCUUACAGACCGACUUCGCCGAGACCGGAUCUAUCGACUACCGUUCCGACGAUAUCUACUACAGCCAGGACAGUGGUUACCAAAUCCAUGACCAGUUUCACUACUACUGUGGCCCCCAUGACAUCCACUACCAGCAGAACAAUGCCACCCAGAAGACCGGACGUGCCAGUGGUCGCCGAAAACAAACCGGACUUUUGCAACACGUCCUUCGAUGCAGUGUCGAUCAUACGAAAGGAUACGUUCUUCUUCAAGGGCAAAUACACGUGGAGAUUAGGCCCCAAGGGACUAUACGCCGGAUAUCCGGCUCUAAUUUCCCGGCUGUGGUACAAUCUGCCAGAGAACAUGAACCAGGUGGACGCUGUGUAUGAAAGGCAAGACGGCAAGAUUGUGUUUUUUAUAGGUCGUCACUAUUACGUAUUCGACGGCAACAAUCCACUGCCAGGAUACCCGAGGCCGCUGACAGCUCUCGGACUGCCCGAAGAACUGGACCGAGUGGACGCGGCCAUCGUCUGGGGCCACAACAGCAAAACGUACAUAUUCAGCGGCACCAUGUACUGGAGGUGCGACGACGAAACCGACCGGAUGGAGCUGGACUACCCGCGGGACAUGUCCAUAUGGCGCGGCGCGGGAUACAACAUCGACGCGGCGUUCCAAUGGCACGACGGUGCAACGUACUUCUUCAAGAAUCGCGAUUUCUGGAAGUUCAACGAUCUCAGGAUGCGCGUCGAACAGGAGGAGCCCAGGUCGAUCGGCGAGUUCUGGUUCAACUGCACUGCGAUUGGCGGUGGUGAAGGAAACGGCGGCCGGUGGCCCAUCAAAAACAAGGGCCGGACCACUGGUCAGAAGGGCAAUGCAGGCCGUGGUGGCCGAUUUCGGACGGCCGACGACGGGCCGUCUGGCAGCGGCGACGUCAGCUCUUCGGGGUCCGUCGCCACCGAUCAUACGCCGCCUCCGAUCGUCGCCUGGUCGGUCACGAUGGCGUCGCUCGCGACGAUCGUACGGUGGGCAAGAUGAACGUCGCCACGAAAAACCAUACGCGUUCGUCAUAUGUAUAUAUGAUAUUAUGAUAAUUGAUGAUAUUGUAAUAUUUAUUGUGAUGUAUAAUAGCAUAAUGUGGCGUCCAACGGCAAAGUCGAGUGUGACGAUUUAGGGAUAGCGAAAAUCACGAUUUUAUCGAGUUAUUCAACCAAAUCAUAAUAUUAUGUAACCGAUGUCUGAUGAAUUAUAAUAUAUUAUAUGCGAUGCGACUACCGCAGUGUCGAUUUGGGCCUAUCGUAUAAGCGAAAAAUAGACGAAAAAUUCGAUAGAAUUAGACUGACAAUUGGCAAACCUGAAAUAUCUUGUUUUUGGUGCAAGUCUCGUGGUGAGAAAAUGGAAAAAAUUGAGUGAUAAUAUAAAAUAGGUACUUCUAUAGUUCAGUUUAUUUCCGGUAUCUGCAAUAAUAUUCGUAAUCCUGUUGUUACGAUUUUAUUAUAUUUCAAAGUUUUUCAGCCACAAUUAAUGCAUAUCAUGAAUAUUAAUACUUUUCAAGAUUUAAAUAGUUCUACUUUCUGCAAGAACAUUUGAAACAUUAUUCUCAUACAUCUCCGAAAUAUUGUGCAUUUUGUUCUGCUCUCGUCCCUAAAAUGUCAAGUAUUCUUACCCUCCCUCCCCGUCUCACUUUUUUCGAACGCAAAUCAGUAUAUUGUAUUAAAUUAAGCCUAUACGUCGUGAUUUACCAAGUAUUCCCACCCCAUUUUGUCAUUAUAUGUUUAGUAAUGAAAUUAUUCAAAUUCUGAUUUUUAAAUACUUUAAUACUAUAUUUUUAAAUUCUUGUUAUUGUGUGUACUUUAGUUAAAGAAUGUACAAACUUUGGCUAUACAAACUUCUGUAUUUUAAAUGAGAACUCCCUUUUACUGUAAAAUUUAAUGGAACAUGAUUUUAAUUUUGAUGCAAGUAGGUACCUAAUUCAAAAUUCAUCAUUGAUAUGUUUCUACUAUAAGAAUUAUAGUGCUUAAAAAUGUUUCUACAAAAAUAUAAAACACAUUAAUAAUACUUGAAUCAUUUUUACAAAUUAUAAAUUUUGAUCAUCAAUAGAUUAAUAAAUAAUACCUAAUAAUUACUAAAAUGUUCAAUUCAUUGUAGCACCUAUUAUAAUUGAUCAUCCUUACUCUUUAUAGUAUAUUAAGUCAAAUAACUCAAAAACGACUGGUUUGAAUUUUAAUUUCGAUACGUCAGCGUUUUUGGAAACAUGUCACGCGUUAAAUAAUUUACAGCGUAUAGGGACUACUAGAAUGGGCCAUUCUACAUCAGAACCCCGAUUUCUCAUUAAAAUAUAUAUAAGUUUGCAUCUUCAAAGGACACUCCUUAUAUAGGUAAUACUUAAAUUCUCAAGCAUUUAAAAAAUAUGGUCUCUGAGUUAAUAUAUUUCAAAAUAAUUGCAUUAUUGAGCAGCUUAGUCAAUCAUCCUGUACAUCCAAGUAUAGUGAAAAGACAGGGGAAGUGUUAUUUUUGGUAUUAUAAAGACAGGAUUUAGACCUUUGGGCCAACCAUUUACUCCACCAUUUAUCCGGGAUACAGUACCUAGUGUUGCCGUUGCGGCUACAUUUUAUCGUCAUCAACUCGACGUUGUU